AUGAAAACAAACAUCUCUAUUUUAUUUUUACUGUUUGUUGGAGUGGGCGCUAUAUUCAAAGAUAUUGUGCUGGUGAUCGACACAUCAGACAGUGUGGACGGUUCGGACCUGAUAGAAGCCAUAGAUUUCAUCUACAACGUCACAAAAUGGUUAACAAUAGGAUCACAGGACAUCCAGGUAGCCGUAGUGACCUAUGCCAGUGACGUCACGGAGCAAUUUGAUUUAGAUGAUUACGUCACCAAUGUGACUCUUCUGGACGCUAUUGAAAGGCUAAAAUCGAAACUUAGAACUGGCGGCGGAACUUACACUUUUGACGCACUUACGUACGUGAAAACUACGUCAUUUAUAUCUAUGCGCGGAGCCCGAAAUAACAGCAUGAAAGCAGUUCUCGUGAUGACAGAUGGGCAGUCCACAAAUUACCCUCUGACUGUUUCAACAGCUGACGCGCUAAGGUCUGAUUUAAACGCUGAGGUGUUUGCCAUUGGGAUAGGAAAAGAUUCCAAGAGGAACAUGGAGAUUCAGGGAAUAGCUAAUGAUCCAGAUUCCUAUUAUGUGUAUUACGUGGAUUCCUUUGAUUACCUCUGUAGCCUCGUGCCAUCCUUAGUACCAAAACUAGAUCCCGAUGCUCUCCCGCAAGGGGUUUCCGCCUGUCCGACAGAACUUCCGGUACUGCAGAUAACAACCCCAGCUAAUGUUGCUGAGUCGAACACAAACAUCAUCAUUGCAACCGUUGUACUGGUUGCUGCUGGGUUGCUCGCUGCCACCAUUACCACCGCAGUCAUCAUCGAUAGAUCCACGCGCCCUCCAUCUUUCAUGUCUCUAGAGAAUCAGAUCUCCAGCAUUGUGGGACAGUACGGAAACGCCCCGUUAGGAGAGUCUCCGGUCAACUUUGACACCUCCCAGCUGACGAGUGUGCCUGAGCUAGGCCCCCGGGAAAUCAAUCUGGACAUCAUGUCGCCCUCCGAGUUACCGAGUCGUCUGGAUCCAAUCCCUAUUCGUAAUCUGGAAUUACUCUAAAAAACGAUAUACAUGGCAUUGUCAUGAUGAACUGAUGGAGAGUGUUAGAGGUGUUGUGGAUUAUAAAAUUGACUGCUCAUGAUGCUGUGUGUCUAGAACUUGUCAUAUGUUGAAAUUACGAUAAUUUUCGUGGGAGUUAUAUUAUUGUUUUAAAUAAACCAUCCAAGAACGCGAAAAGUAACUCUGCCGUCACUGUAAUUUGAGGUUUUUGUUUCUUUAUUAUGAUAUGUCAUGUUUAGUCAUAUUUCAAUGUUAUAUCACAUCAAGUGUUGUCUUUCUCUGACUGUCAUGAUAAAUCGAGCGUGGCCUUUGGCCUCCAUAUGUCCUGUUACAUAGGAGCACGCUGCAAUCAAUAUGGCGUUGUGUUUUAAUUAUAAGCGCAUCUUAAAUAUUCGCCUUGGACCAACGUGUUUUCCAAACACAUC